AUGCGCUUACCUAAUCACUUGACCCCAGCCAAUCAGCUCGCGGCCAAAGAAACCGACCUUUCGCACCCGCAAACCCGCAGCUCUCCCAAGUCCUGCCUCAAUUGCACUCCCCCACCCGACCAGAGUCCCUUGUCCAGACAAGCCACCGUCACCAUGGCCCAAAGAGAUCCCCAGUUCAACCAGAAGCUCCUCGUGGACACCACGCCGAUGCCCGACCACAUCCCAAAGGUCGAGGAGAUUGGUACCACGUCUGCAUUCCUGGCUAGUGCUUCCUUCGCUAUUGGCGCCCGCUGCCAGGCUUUCAACGAUGACUACAUGAAGUGCAAGGACGAGGCGAACGGCCGCGGCGAGUUCGACUGCUUGAAGGAGGGUCGCAAGGUUACCCGCUGCGCUGCUAGCGUUAUCAAGGAUAUCAACACCCACUGCAUGCAGGAGUUCCAGGCUCACGUCGACUGCCUCGAGAACAACAACCAGACGUUCUUCAACUGCCGUCGUCCCGAGCAGAAGCUUAACAGCUGCAUCUUUGACAAAUUGGGCCUGAAGAAGGAAGUCCCCGGCACCCCUGAGAACCAGGUCCCCGUGUGGCAGCGCCCCAAGCAGAUGUAUGCGGAGUACCCCGGCCGCCAGUUCUAA